GAAAUUUUCACUCUCUACGUCUCCCUCUACCUACGGACCUACCUCCAAAACACGAGCCAGCCAUGGCUCCCAAGAGAAAAGACGACGAUUUCGUCCUGACGCUUUCGGACGACGAGGUCGAAAAUGAUACGUUAGUGGACGAGGCCGAAGAAGAGAUCGACAGCGCGGACAAGGCCGCGACGAAAAAGCGCAAGCGCGACACGGCGUCUUCUGCUGCUGCUGCUGCGCAGCCGGAAGGGAAGAACAAGAAACAGAAGAAGCAGCAGAAGCAGCAAUUGAAGGAGUCCAAGAAGGGGAAGGCUACCAAGGAGGAGCCCGAGGAAGAAGAGGGUGAGGAGGAGGAAGAGCAGGGACACGCUGGGGAAGACGACGGCGCGCUGGACUCUGACUUUGAGUUUGAUGUCGCUGGUGCGACUAAGGAUUUGACGGAGGAUUUCGACGGGUGGGGUGCGGAUAGUAAUAAUCCUGGGGACAAGAAAAACGGGGAUAAGAAGGCUGUUGAUAUCGAUGAGAUUAUUGAGAGGAGGCAGGCCAAGAAGGAAGUUGAUGCGGAGCGCAAGCGGAAGAAGGAGCUGAAGAGGAAGGAGAAGCUGGAGGAAGAGGGGAGUGAGUUUGAAGGUAUUGCGGAUGAUGAUGAGGAGGACAACGAUGACAUGUCUGUUGACUUCAAGGACGAUGAGCUGCUGGCUGAAGAUGGGUUCGGCAUGGGCGCUGAUGGUCAGGAUGAGAGCGAGGACUCUGCGGCAGAAAAGGACUCCGACGAGGAGGAUGACAAGAGCGACGACGACGAUGACGACGACGCCGCUUCCGACAAUGACUCCGUUGCUACGCCCGUCGGCCACCCUGACGACAUAGGUGGUGCAUCGGACCAGGAUUCCGACGCCGAGAGCGAAGUCGAUGAAGCCGAGGCCGAGAAGCGCAAGGCGUUCUUCGCGCCGGAGGACGACAAGCCCAGCGAACCCGCCGGAUCCGAUCUGUCGAAGCGUUCCUUCCAAGAGUUCAACCUGUCUCGACCCAUUCUGCGCGGUCUUGCCGCGGUCAGUUUCUCGAACCCGACGCCCAUCCAGCGCAAGGCGAUCCCCGUGGCCCUCCUGGGCAAGGAUAUCGUCGGUAGUGCCGUGACGGGUUCCGGUAAGACGGCGGCCUUUGUGGUCCCCAUCCUGGAGCGUCUGCUCUUCCGUCCUCGCAAGGUGCCCACCAGUCGCGUGGCGAUCCUGAUGCCCACGCGUGAAUUGGCGGUGCAGUGUUACAAUGUGGCGACCAAGCUGGCGACAUAUACCGACAUCACCUUCUGUCAGCUGGUCGGUGGUUACAGUCUACGCGAGCAGGAGAACAUCCUGAAGCGACGACCCGACGUGAUCAUCGCUACACCCGGUCGUUUCAUCGACCACAUGCGGAACUCGGCCAGUUUCACGGUGGACACGCUCGAGAUCCUGGUGCUGGACGAGGCGGACCGCAUGCUGGAGGACGGUUUCGCGGACGAGCUGAACGAGAUUUUGACCACGAUCCCCAAGUCGCGGCAGACGAUGCUUUUCUCGGCUACGAUGACGGACACGGUCGACAAGCUCAUCCGCGUCGGGCUCAACCGCCCCGUGCGGUUGAUGGUUGACGCGAAGAAGAAUACGGCCGUGACGCUGGUCCAGGAAUUCGUGCGACUACGCCCCGGACGCGAAGGAAAGCGCCUCGGCUCCCUUCUCUACUUGUGCAAGGAGCUCUACACGGGCCGAGUGAUUGUGUUCUUCCGGCAGAAGCGCGAGGCGCACCGAGUGCGCAUCGUCUUCGGACUGCUGGGACUGAAGGCCGCGGAACUCCACGGUAGCAUGAGCCAGGAGCAGCGUAUCAAAAGUGUCGAGAACUUCCGCGACGGCAAGGUGUCCUUCCUACUCGCGACCGAUCUGGCCUCCCGUGGUCUGGAUAUCAAGGGUGUCGAGACGGUAAUCAACUACGAAGCGCCGCAGAGCCAUGAAAUCUACCUCCAUCGUGUCGGUCGUACAGCGCGUGCCGGACGUUCCGGUCGUGCGUGCACCAUCGCAGCAGAGCCCGACCGCAAGGUGGUCAAGGCCGCCGUGCGAGCGGGCAAGUCGCAGGGAGCCAAGAUCGUCAGCCGGGUGGUGGAACAGAGCGUGGCGGACUCGUGGUCGAAGAAGGUGGAUGACCUCGAGGAGGAGGUCGAGGCGGUUCUGGAGGAAGAGAAGCUGGAGAAGCAGCUGUCGCAGGCCGAGAUGCAGGUGACCAGAGGCGAGAACCUGAUCAAGCACGAAGCGGAGAUCAAGUCGCGGCCCAAGCGCACCUGGUUCGAAACGGAACGGGACAAGAAGGCGGCGCGCAAGGUGGGAGCGGAGCUGCUGAACGGCCCGUCGGUAUCAUCCAAGGUGAAGCUCAGCAACAAGGACAAGAAGCGCCUGGACGAUCAGCGGCAGCGGAUGGAGGGCAAUCCCGGCUGGAAGAAGGGCAAGACGGAGCGGGAGGCGCCCAAGCCCAACAAGGCAUCGAAGAAGGACAAGAAGAAGGGAAAGAAAUGAGGUGUCUGAAGAACCGUGUGUCGCAAUGGGUCCAAUCCAAUCUUACUGCGUGCAGACGUGUGUGCAGACGUGUAUGCAGGAUAUUGCAAUGGAGAUGUUGUGCUGGUUUGGAUGGAUCGUUUUAUGGAGACUCGGUUACCCCCGGUUGUUCUCGGCGUCAGGCAGCUGUGGCCUCCGGUAUCGGCUGCUGCCUCAUUAUUCUGUACAUUCAUACUUAUAUCUGUCUGUCU